GUGGCUCGGGCACGGGGCGAGGAUGAAGGAAGACGGACACAAGAAGGGGCUGUGGCCUCGACGACGAAGCCGCCACUGCACGACGGAGUGAGUUGCGUGCGUCCCGAGCGAGGCGUCACCGCGCGCGAUGAACUUGGAGCGAGCGACGCGCAGCGCCACGAAGCGUCGCCGUCUUGUUGCGCGCCUCGCACACAACUCUCGUGGCACUUUGAGUCACGUCACCUCCUCCUCCAUUGCUAGGCAACCCCGCAGCGCCCUCCUCUUCCUCCCUCCCCGCAGGACCCCCAUCCUCCUCCUCCUCCUCCCCCACCCCGACUCGCGUGCCACCGAGUGGACGAGACUCUAAAUAUUAAAAGACCUCACGGAGUGCGGGACACACUCUCACCCUCUCCCUCUCGCAGCCGGAGCGGAGCGCUCUUCCAUCCCGGCGUCUCCGAGUUUGAUUCUCGCUCACGGCCACCACCGGUGACGAUUGUCUGAACCGGUCCUGGGCCUCUCUUAGGUCGACUCAGCCUCAAAUGAGUACCUGGUGCGGUGCGUAAUCAUUGCUAGGAGGGAGACGAAGGCGACCGGGCGUGGUGCUGGCCACCCACCCCCUCGUGUGCCACAGUGCCGGCUCUUCAUCGGUGCUGCUACUCGCUAACAGCACUCGCCCCAACAGUCUGUGGAGGCUACACGGUGUGAGGGGUGGGGGGGGCAUCUCUCUAUUUAUUGUGAGCGGCCACCCAGCAGCAGUCCAGCCGCGGUCUCCUCCCGGCUCUCGCUGCUGCUGCUGCUGCCGCCGCCGUCGCCUCGGUGGCCACGGGACGAACUCCGCGUCCCUCCUCCUCCUUCCCCCCCUCCUCCUCUACCCGAGCUGGAGCCACGGCGCCGCCGCCGCCGCUGCUGCUGCUGCGCCCCGAGCCCAUGGAGUGAUGAUGGUGGGGGGCUGCACGGGCCGACCAUGGGGGGCACUCACUCCUCGAAGAGAGUCGUGUUCGACGAGAACGAGGACGUUAACUUUGACCACUUCCAGAUUCUCCGGGCAAUUGGAAAGGGCAGCUUUGGCAAGGUGUGCAUAGUCCAGAAGCGGGACACACGCACGAUGUACGCCAUGAAGUACAUGAACAAGCAGGUGUGCAUCGAGCGGGACGAGGUGCGCAACGUGUUCCGGGAGCUGCAGAUCAUGCAGGAGCUGGAGCACACCUUCCUCGUCAACCUCUGGUACUCGUUCCAGGACGAGGAGGACAUGUUCAUGGUGGUGGACCUCCUACUGGGCGGGGACCUCCGCUACCACCUGCAGCAGAACACGCGCUUUCAGGAGGAGGCGGUGCGUCUCUACGUGUGCGAGCUCUCUCUAGCGCUUGACUACCUGCAGCAGCGCCACAUCAUCCACAGGGAUAUCAAACCAGACAAUAUUCUUCUUGAUGAACAUGGGCAUGCACACAUUACAGACUUCAACAUUGCCACUGUGGUGAAGGAAGGCGAGCAGGCGUCCUCCAUGGCUGGCACAAAGCCCUACAUGGCUCCCGAGAUGUUCCGCUCGUACGUGGAGGGCGCCCCGCGGUACUCGCCCGCCGUGGACUGGUGGUCGCUGGGGGUCACGGCGUACGAGCUGCUGCGGGGAUGGAGGCCAUAUGAGAUUCAUUCAAGUACCACUAUAGAUGAGAUCCUGCAAAUCGUGGACACCAAGUCUGUGCACUACUCUUCCUGCUGGUCGCAGGAGAUGGCCAGUCUUCUGCGCAAGUUGCUGUGUCUGAAGCCGGAGAACCGCUGGGCGAGCCUCGCCCGGCUGCAGGGCUCGCCGCUGCUCGCUGACGUCAACUGGGAAGCCGUGCUCCAGAAGAAGGUGACGCCCUCCUUCCUGCCAAAUAAAGGGCAGCUGAACUGCGACCCGACGUUCGAGCUGGAGGAGAUGAUCCUGGAGGCGAAGCCGCUGCACAAGAAGAAGAAGCGACUGGCGAAAAGCAAGAUGCGCGAGGGCAGCAAGGAAAGCUCGCACUCGCAGGAGAACGAGCACCUGCAGGAGUUCCUGGAGAACGUCCGCCAGGAGUUCAUCGUCUUCAACAGGGACAAGAAAUGCAAGGGUGCGCUGGCGAGCAAGGAGGCGGAGCGCGACGAUGCCGUCGCCUCGUCGCCCGCGGACGGGGCGGGCAGCCUGCCCGACGACCCCGAGGCGGGGACGCGGAAGAACGGCUGCGGCUCCGUGUGCCACGUGGUCUCCAAACGGACUUAGCGCAGAGGAGAAAGCCCGCGGAUUGCAUGCGAGGAGAGGGGGCGGCUGCGAGGUGCGGAUGAUACCCACGCUUUAGUCCCCGCCGGUGGCGCAGGAGAAAACACGAUACCUACACGACUGUUUAAACGCCUGCUCCUCUCGUAACGGAACAAUCCGCAGCUGUCACUAGACGACUAUUUAUAUGACUGAUGAAACUCCCACUUGUAAUUAUACAUUCACACAGUCGUGUAUCUAAACAAAUGUGUGGCUUGAAAGAUAAUUUAUAAGAGAAUUGGGUACUAUACUACAAUCAUGUUUCUGUGUGUGCGUUCACGUGUGUGUGCGCUCACGUGUGUGUGCGUGUGUGUGCGUGUGUGUGAAAGGCAGCGGCUAAUGCGGGCCCAGGCCUUGUACUUGGGCUUGCUACCCCUACCACAUUUACUUCCUGUAAUAAGCACGUGGGGGAACGGUGGGAACAGCUCUCCAUGAUGCCUUCAACCAACCGUGGUAUGGUGGAGCCCAGGGGGUUCAAAACCACUGUGCCCCCACUCAGAGAGUUUCCAGAAAUAAGCAAAUGCUGCUGCUGCUGCUCACAAUCAUUGAGGUGGAGAGAGCCCGACUCCUCUGCCUGGAGCUCGACUGGUAGACCCUCGACCUCCGUGGAGUACAGGUGUUACUGAUCGUCGCGCGUGUCAUUGAAAGCACUGUACACAUUUCAAGCAGGGUCAGCUAUUUCUGCGAUAAUGUCAGCUAAUGGGGAGUGGCUCUUCUGAACAAGAUAAAGAAAGGUGUCCCUCUUGGGACACGGCGGUGAUAUGUGGGAAGCUGUGAGCUCAAGUUGUGGGUUUGCCAAUCUAGAAACAGUAAGCGAUAAGUAGUCCAUAAUACUUGCCUCUGCUAACACCAAUAAUGAACAAUGGUGAAGAGAGCAGGCCUAGUCGCACCCUUGGGUGACUUCACUGCAUGAGACACAGUGUUGACACCCAAACUCGAGUGAUGGAAAGCCACGGGCCAGAUCAGCAUGACAUUAAUAAUAGGAUGUUUCUGAGUUUCUGUGCUGCCCAUCUGCUUGGAGUUACAAAACAAGCUGCUCACUCUCAAGUGCAUCCACACAACAUCCUUAGGCUAGAGGAGAGUCUGAGACCAGAAUAAGCAUUGGGCAAAACAAAAAUCUCCCCAUUCAAUUUCUUUUGGAGUGUGACAAAUUGUGAGCAGGCCACAUCCUGCAUGACACCAACUGCUUGGACCGCAGGAUGGAGUCGGCACGAUUCUAAGUGUGUCCUCGGUGAAGUCGGGGCCUUACCAAUAACAACGACCAGGGCACCUCCCUCUUCGACGUGCCUGACAAACCACGGCAUGUGAUAUUCAAUGCCGUAUCGCCAUGCAAACUGAAGCUUGUACAAGCCCACUGUGGGGUCAGGCAGGCAUCUUAUUGCACAGUUACCUUAUUCUACAUCUGUCUGUCACAGAUAUAGGGAAUUUCACCAGUGCCUGCGGUGUACCCAAGUCACAUACCCACGAGUUGACGGCACCUCUGGGUGUGGAAUGGAAGUCCCCACCCCUCGUGUGACAUUCUCGUGGCUUUACCAAUAAAUCUGCAUCUGUGGCAGAUGCAGAUGGAGGCUGUUAACCCGUGCGGUGUGCGCCGUUGAUCUGGUGAAUACAGCACCUCCCGAGAUUGAGUUUUGAGAACUUGCUGUUGACCCAGGAACUCACCAAAGAGUGGGACUUUAACGCCAACCCUACUAAAAAAGACAUUUGCCCCUGUAUUUUUGUAUCAUCAAUGGAGUUGUGGAGGAGCGUUUGCAUCCAGGUAGCUUAAAGAUACUGGAAAGAUAUGGACCAUGUCCCACCCAUUGGGUUACUCUGGCAAUGAUGUCAUUGCCCGGCUCGUGUGGUUCAUGCAGUGAUAAGAGAGACUAUAACAUCUCUAUGCAGAAGGUCGUGGGUUCGAUCCCGACGAUUUCUGGUGUAUCAGGGGUUUGCAAGAUCUCCCCCCAUGGUCACGUGGAUUUUUAUUCUCUGGGUUCCUCCAGUCUUGCCCUCCACGUUUUUUUUUAUAUUCCUAGUAAAUAAAAUCGUUUAGUUUUUAUGUACAACACCAAAACAAAUGUUGAUUGGCUGGAUAAAUGUUACUGCGAGCUAACUGGACGUAGCGCAGACCACCCAUCAAAAAUCUCAAUCGGCAAUUAAGUCCAUUGUUGCAAGACUCAAAGAAAUUGGCAUGCAUGCUUUUUGGACUCCACUGCUUAAAAUCAAUAACCGGUGCAUCUUGUUCCCAGUAUCAGACCGGAAAAGUUUCUUCAUUGGCAUUUAAAGCACGCGUGAAAUUCAUGAUUACAUUGGAUUUGUAUACCCACGAUGCACGUGUCAAAUACUGUUAUAUGUGUAAACGUGAUUGAUUAUGUAAAUUCAAUGUAAAUUAUCUGUGAAUAAUCCAUUUAGGUUGAACAAAAGAGAAAAAGUGUAGAGAGGACAACAAGGGGGAAACGAUAUAAACUGGGUGGGGAAAGAGGCCAAAAAUGGAAUUAAAAUUAUGAAUUGUGACAAAUCAAAUGACAGCUUGAGGGUGGGAGGAAUAAUUGAAUGCAUAAUUAAUCUCGGUAAUUUACCAACAAUUUAAUAUUCCUAAGUUGUUCCAAGUGUACGAUUGAACGUGUAAGCUGUGUGUGUUACGUGUGGUGGAACUAGUGUGAACUAGUGUCCUGACCCAUUUCAAGAGGAACGCUGCUCUCUAACAAUAUAUCACUUUUUGUAUUAUAUAUAAGCAGUAUAGAGCAUGUGUUAAUGCGUAUAUAGUGUAUACUGUAUAUACUUUUUACAGUUAAAUAUGAAAUUUGUCUCCUGCUGAUUUGCAAUCCGCUGAAAAAAUGUCAUCAAUUUUUAUCGGUCGCACAUUUCAUUUCUGUGGAGGCUUGCUCCAUCAUACCCAUUUCAUUUUUAUUUUAUUGCCACAAAUCGGACGCAAUUCGAUGUUGAAUCAAAUCAAUCAUGGGUCACUAUUCACAAUAAUUCUGUGAAUAUACACAACAUUUUUACUCUGAUUAUUGGCAAUUUUUGCAGAUUGUUAAACCAUCGGCUAUGAUCGUCUUUCUUGGAUUGUAGAUUGUCUUGCUACAAAACAAUUCGUGUCAUUUAAGAACGCAGUCCCAAUAGUGCGAGAUGCCAUCUACCUCGCCUAGUAUGCAGGAGGUCGUGGGUUCGAUCCUGACUCUGACGAUGCCUGCUGUAUAUUUGGAGUUUGCGUGUUCUCCCCGUGGUCACGUGGAUUUUUCUCCGGGUCCAGUUUUCGCGACUACAUUUAUAAACGCGUUUGGAGUAUUUGACUGCUAUACAUUUCCACGUGAAAAGCCACUUCGUGGAGCUUUCAUUUGUGGCCAGGUCGCUUCUGAAAAAUAUCUACAUAGUUCAGAGGGCCUUACCCCGUAAAACAAAAACAAGUAGUAUCACCUCUCGAAACCAGUCCUUCUACAAUCCCGAAUGAGUGUUUCCGAGUGCCUCUGGUGGUGCAUCAGUUCUCAGCGGUCACCGUUCUUCUUGCGACAUGGAUGAUGCUUCUUUCCUUUGGGGAAGACAAUCUGAAAGUAUUAAACAUUUUC